CAAGUGAGGUGGGAGUGUCGCUGGGAGCACCUGCUGCCAAAGGGACGACUGCUGGCGGCGGCAUCGACUCUGCUGGUAUCACGAGGGGUGUGAGCGAGGCGACUACCAUUGGUAGACGACUUUUGAGGCGCCUCACCGGCGGUAGGGGCCGGAGCGCGACGGGGGUGCCGGUUUAUGCGGAGCGGCGCGGCAGCGACUCCACUGGUGCUACUACGGGCGCGAGCAAGAUGACCGAUAGGGGUGCGAGCGAGACGUGGGUGACGAGCUCGAAAGGGGUGCCGGUUUAUGCGGAGCGGCAUGGAAGCGACUCCACUGGUGCUACUACGGGCGCGAGCGAGACGUGGGUGCCGAGCGCGGCAACCAGUAGGCCCGCGGCACGUGAGACGGUUCCCGCGGAGGUGCGUGUGGGCUCGGUGGUGCUCCUCGGCUCUCUCGCGCAGCCCCGCUCCGUCUCCUUCGACUCUGCACGCUGCGUGUCCGUGCCCGAAGUCGGGGGAGCGACGAACGGGAGCGCGGUAGACGCGUUGGUGUGGUGGGACGUGUUUUCGGAGCGCACUAUUUGCAACGCGGUGCAGCUGUUCGCGUCGCCCGACUGCUCGGGUACUGCGGCGGCGAAACACCUAUUGGAAGGGUACAUGAGUGUCAUCAAGAUGAGCGCAUCAGUGAAGUCCAUCCGCUGCGUUCUCAUGCCAGCCCCAGUGGCCUCCCCUCCCCUCUGUAAGCCCUCGCUUCCUCUCUGUAUCUUCCACACCCUCUAUCCUCCUCCUUCCCCCCCCCCUCUCGUCCUGUCCUGUCCUACAUUCCUCCCUCCUCUGUCUGCCUCUUCGCCUCUCCCUUCCACCCUGUCCUCCCUCCCUCUCUCUUCACUCCGUUCUGCCUUCUGCCUCUUCCCCCCCUCUCUUUCUCCCCUCUCUCCUCUCCCCCUCUCCCUCCUCAUUUUCUGCCACCAUGCAUCUGUGUGCUAA